AUGGCGCCUCGCCGGCCCAGCACAGCCAACGAUGCAGGACCAUCACGCAUACCUUUUACAUCAGCGGAAGCGCUACUUUGGGGGCCAGAGAUGAAAAAGCAACAUGCAUACCUACUCACCGAGAUGCGCGUGCUCCAGAAGCAACAUGAAGGAUACGACAGUCGGAUACGGGCUACCGAAGAUGUUGCAGAUGCUGCCAAAGCUGCCACGGCACGAGUCCGUCAUUUGGAACAGCAACUCGACGCUAUCAAGGCAGAGGAUGACGAUAAAGCGUUUGAGAAAUGGGCGUCUGGCGAGAUGACACGAUUGAGCAUCUUCGUCGAUACCAAUAAGAAUGUCAGGCAGAAGCAGAUGGAACUCGACGCCGAGGUUUCGCGUAUUUCAGAGACUCUGGACAGAGUUGUACGCGUUCCUGCAGAUCUCAAGAGUCUUCUUCGGCGCCUAGAUACUCUCGAACAUGACCGAAGAGAAGAUAAGCAUCGGAUCCAAAGUCUGGAAGAGGAGAUCAAUCGGCUUAAGUGUAUGCGACCAAGUAACCAUUCGAGCCUUUUCAACCCAAGAGCGAAGCCGAAGGCGAAGAAAGGUAUUACAAAAAGUUCAACACCUACUCAAAUCCUGGAUGCUGAGGUAUCCGAUGCCACCACCGAGACUGAUGAAGAGGAAAUGUUACUUCAGCGCACAAACAUACGCGAUGAGGUACAAGUGCCUCAAAGUCUUGCGACGAACGAAAAAAGCUCCAGUCCGCUUGUAACGUCUCCUACCAAAGGCAGUUCUAUUAUAUCAGCUAGACAAAGGUUGUUGCAGAGACCCUCGAUCCAUGACUCAAUGUUACCCCGGCCCGCGGAAGAGCAACCUACGCUUGCUGAAGACUCAGCUACUAACCUGCGUCGCGCUUCUCCUCCACCAACACAGCUUGUUGUCAGAGGGAGCCGGUGCAACGAGCCUGCACCUGCACCCGAGCCCGAGCCUCAGCCCGAGCCUGAGUCCGAAGUUACACCAGCAAAUACAAGCAAUGCUCCAACAAACGAAGCGCCGGCGACACAGAUCGUGGAGAGGAAAUGGCCCAGGAAGCGAAAGCAACCCGAUCCUGAGCCUCAAACACAACGCCAGACGCGAUCUCAAGCUAGGAGAAACCAAGCCAAAGAAACCGAAGUACCUAUCACUACAGGAGCAGUUGCCGUCCCAGAACCCCAAUCAGCGCCGAAAAUUGAGCCAAUAUCCUCGCCGCGCAAGAAACUCAAGGUAACUCCUGUGGAUCCACCUGCCAGAGGCAAGGCCAAAUCCGGUGCAAAGAACCAGACUACUAGUAGAAAUACCAAGAAGACGCAAAAACAACGUGCUGUAGAAGGGCCAGGCGAGCAAGAAUCGACUACUCAUACGCAACAGGUUUCUACAACUACCAAGAAAGUCACUGCUGCACCCAAGAAGAAAGCAAAUCUCGCCCUGCCUCCGUCAACCGUCACAAACCCGAAAGUGCACAAGAGCCUGAUUGUAAAACUACCCUGUUCACGAAAACCAGUACAUGUCGGUAUGGGUGAUAUCGGUGACUUGCAACCGAGUGCAGCAGCUCGCGGGAGAAUGUCACCUCAAAAAGUAGCAGCAGGGCCGAGUUCGCCAUUCAAGGUUCUUCGGAACCCUGUGAAAUCCCGAAAGUAG